AUGACGACGCCCAGCGACCACCAUGAUUUCUUGGGUGUGCCUAGUCCGAGCAAUACCGCCGCCGUUUACGGUUACUUAGGUGGUGGCUACGAUGGCACAGACUACCACGACCCAAGGACUUCUUCAACCCAAUCUCUGGCGCCGUCUGAUUACGAUGAACAAGAAAAACGCAAGCUUCUGCUCAUAUAUAUCCAUGGAUUCAUGGGCAAUGACAACUCGUUUCAAAAUUUUCCCUUUCACGUGCACAGGUUUCUCAGGGAUCGACUGCGCAGCACUCAUGCCGUCCAUACCAAGAUCUACCCUAGGUACAAGACGUACAAGGCAAUCGAGGUAGCACGGGACAACUUUAGCAGGUGGCUGGAGCCGCACGAGUCUCCCGAGACGGACGUUGUGCUUAUCGGACACUCCAUGGGCGGACUACUCGCGGCGGAAGUGGCGUUGAUGCCUACCCGUGAUCGAAGUGAUAUAAGAAUGUUGCAACACAGGAUCCUUGGAACGGUCAACCUUGAUGCACCUCUACUUGGCCUCCAUCCGGGCAUCAUCACAUCCGGCUUAGCUAGUCUGUUCCGCAAGAAGCCUGAUCCGCCCAAGCCACCUCAAGCGGGAGAUCUGAUAUCUGGAGCAGCACAGACUCUAGGUGGCCUAGGACAAGGCUUGGGCUCACGACUUACCAUGGACCCUAAUUUCAACCCCAAUUAUGUCAACGAUGUCCGUAUGAAGGAGCGGAGCUGGUGGCAGAAUGUCGUUCACUUUGCUAGCAAGCACAACUCGGAGGGUCUCAUGGACGCUGCCACCAAACACAUAACAUCUCAUCUCGAAUUCGGUAGCUGUUUGAUGGAUUACAAUGGUAUGAAGCUGCGGUAUGAGAAAUUGCGACGACUGGAAGAUUACGACGACCUGGAGAACCGGGGAAUGCCUCAUGUUCCACCACAAGUUCGUUUCAUUCAGUAUUACACCGUUUGCCAUGGCUACCCCAAGAAGCCCAAGCCCUCGGAGUCAGAGGAUUCCAAGACAAUAGAGCCUGCAAGUCCAGAGAAUAACGUGGUAUCGGGAAAUGACGGCCAUCACAGCGAGCCCGCAAGUCCCAGAGUUUCUAGCGAAUCAAGCGGCAGUGACAGUCAUAGUGAGCCCUUGACUAUGCUUGAGCCGCAACCGGAGGCCGACCCGGAAGAUGAUUCAGAUGAAAGACAGCAUGGUGAUUUGGAAAGUCCAGGCGUUGCAUCUGAGCAAUUCCACACCCCCGGAGCCAGCCAACCUUCAUCACCAGCUCCAGGCACUGGGGAGGUCAUCGGUGGCAAUGUAUCUCACAGUGGAUCGCCGGAUGAUGGUGCUUCCCACGCCCCUGAUACGGCUUCUCCAACCCACGAGCCCAUGCCAAGGUUUACUGCACCAAGGAGAGCCGAGACUGGUAGAUUCAGGGAAGACUUGCCUCCUAACGCCGAAUUCACGGUUGAAGCUGCAUUACAGGAGUUCAUUGAUGGACUUCCUCCUUUGCCGGACGAGCCUCAGAAACCCGAUGAGCUCAAAAGCUACGAUGCCUCAAACAAGGAUAUUCGUAAAUAUGUCGAGAAGGAAAUGAAGCGGCGCAAUAAGGACUAUGAGAAACAAAUGAAGAGUUGGCGUGCAGCCGAGACACAGCGCAACAAAGCUAUACACAAAAUGCGAGCAAAACUACAGGCUGGGCAAAAGGAAGCUAAAGAUAAGCAGGGUGCGCUGGCAGACGCCGCUGCAAGUGUAGGUGCCGAAAACCAACAUAACCCCCAAGCUGAAGAACAUCCCGACACCUCGGAACAGGGUGCUGGAACGACAACAGGGCAUGAUACUCCAGUAGAGGCUGCUUCGAACCUUGGAAACAACAACGAGCAUAGUCCAUCACACGUGCAUUUCGAUGAGCUCAGGCCGGCGUCACCCUCGAACGAUGCGGGUCGAGACAGUUUGACAAUACAAAGAAGAUCUCAAGAAGGCACAAAAAAGCCAGAGAAGCCAGAGAAGCCUCCAAAAGACCGAAAAUUUUGUACUUGUCCCUCCAAGGUCAAUGGACAGAUGGACCCCAAAUGGAUCAGAGUCUUUAUGAAAGACGUCGAUGAAGUUGCCGCUCAUACUGGUAUCUUUUUCGCUGGUCCCCAUUAUGAGAAGCUGGUGGGUGACGUGGGCGAAUUGAUAUGCGAAUGGGUAGAGGCAGAUGCUACAAAACGCCUCGUCCUGGAUAUGGAGAAUAAUUAG